GUGGCCUUGUAUCGUGAGAUAUAAUUAUCUUCUCUUACAUUGUUGAAUCGCGUUUUAUGAGUAGGUAUAUAAGGGUAAGAGCGGAUCCUUUGAGUUUGAUAGUAACAUUAUUUUACCGAUUAAAGAUGAUACCAAAAGAUAUAUGUGAUCUAUUAGAAGAGUCUUUAAACGAAAAGAUAGAACAUUUUGAAAUUAAGGAACAUGAGGGCAACCAAAAAGGUCAGGGCCAUUUAGGUGAAAUGGUAUUUUUGUCCUUGAAAAACAAAAAUACUGGAGAAGAUCAUCAUUUAGUAGUUAAGCAAUGUCUCGAAGGUUCUGAAGAAACUAGCAAAUUCAUGUCGAUGUGUUUUAACAACGAAGUUCAUUUUUAUAAAAAAGUGAUUCCAACUUUAGAAGCGUUCCAAAAGUCUUUUCCCAAAGGUCAAACUUUUAAAAGUAUACCAAAAUGUUUUGCAACGAGCUCAAAAGAAGGGGAACAAAAACUUGUAAUGGAAAAUUUAAAGCUAAAAGGCUACGAAAUGCAUCCAAAGAAAGUACCUCUAAAUAGUAAGAUGUACGAAAUUAUUUUUAAAACGUAUGGAAAGUUUCAUGGAAUUUCCUAUGCGUUUAAACAUUACCAUCCUGAACAGUUUACUGAGUUAGCAGCAGGAUAUCAUAAUAAUAUGAAAAUAUUUUUUGAGCAAGAUGUGAUGAAAGAAGCUCUUACCAGUGUUUGCAAAAAGACGACAGAAUUUUUAGAAGAGGAAGAUGAAAUAAAAAUUAUCGAUAAUUUUAAAAAAUAUAAUGAUAACGCUCCUCAAAUGUUUUUUGACGCACUUGCAUACAAAAGUCCAUAUUCAGUUUUUGUCCACGGUGACUGUUGGAGUAAUAAUAUGAUGUUCAAAUAUAAUAAAUCGGGAGAUAUAGAAGACAUUAAAUUGUUCGACUUCCAAAUGGCUGCAGUAGGUUCACCUGUUUGGGAUCUGACAUACACUUUCUACUCAGGAGCUGACGAAGAAACCAUAUCUAAUUUGGAUCAUUUCCUUGAAAUAUAUUACAAAAGCCUUAGUGACACACUGAAGGAGUAUGGAUGUAAUGCAGAAAAAGUUCUUCCAUUUAAAGAACUAAAAAAUGAAUGGAAAGAACACAACGCAUUUGGUGUUUUAUUGGGGUUACUAGUAUGGAAUAUCAAAAACUUGGAACCAAGUGAGAGCCCAAACAUCGCUAAACUGUUGGACGGAGAUUCCCAAACCGACAAUUUCAGCCAAAUAGUUUCAAAAGCGGAUUCUACAGGUUUUAAAAAAGCUAGCCUAUUAGUAAUGAGGCAUUUGUACAAAAAUAACUUUUUAUAGCUAAUGUUUUAUUAUAUUUAGUAUCUUGAGGAAAUUGUUUAUUCUAGUUCAAUUAAUUAUUUGUUAAUUUUAUGUUGUUAUAAUAAUUAUAAUAAAGACUAAAAAUGUG